AUGUCCAUGCCACCACCCAUCGUGCCAGGCACAGACAUGUACUACUGCUCCUGGGGGUUCUUCCCAAUGGGAUUCCCUGGUGGCCCUGCAUUCACCGGACCACUCAAUUCGCCGCAGCAGCAGGCACCCGCUGCCCUAGGGUUUUAUCCAAUGGGGCCAUACUUGCCAUUGCCGGGCCCAAGUGGCAUUGUGGAAGGGGAAGGCAAUAAGGCAGUUGAUGCUGGCACUGGCAGUCCUGUCACCCCAACAGCGCCAGCACCAGCACCAGCACCAGCACCAUCGCCAGCGCCGACAGCGGCAACACCAGUGAAGUCCUCACAUGUGAAGGUUGGGGCAAAGAAGCGAGGGCGGCCCAAAGGAAGCAAGAACAAGAAAGUGGUGAUUGAGAUAAAUUAG